AGCCAACGAGUCAUAAACAGGAAGUUACGGAAACCGACGGGUGUCAAGGGCUGUUGACAACAGCGCAUGUAAAAAUGGCAGCUGCAGAAGUCUCCAGUGAAACCCACAAUCCAAAUUCGGAUUCACAAAAACUGCCCGAAAUGUUAGAUCGUGGCUGGAAGCUGUUCGAGGAGGUGGACAGCACGAACGAACCCACGGGAUCCAACCCGGUCCAGGUGAAAGUCAAGCGGGCCGUUCAGCUGCUGGAGGAGGCGACGCGAAUGGUCGCCCAGCUGGACUUGUUCAGUGAAAAUGAAGAGCUGGAGGAAAUCGCCACCGCGGACCUCAAGUACCUGCUGCUGCCCGCGCUGCUGGGGGCCCUCGCCAUGAAGCAGGUGAACCAGGCCAAGCGCCUGGAGCACGUGCAGAGCGCGAGGGUCUACUUCCUGGACUUCCUGAAGCGCUGCAAGGACUACAGCAUCAUCAGCUUCGAGCUGCCCAGGGACCGGACCCCGGGGUCGCCGGAAUGCCCGGAAGAGGCGGGUACUGGCGCGACGGCCGCGAGCAAACCGCCGGACCUGGUCGCCAUGGCAACGCAGAGACAAGCCAAAAUUGAGAGAUACAAACAGAAGAAGGAAGCAGAAGCCAGGCUGUCAGAGAUCAGGUCUGCAGUAGAGAGUGGCCUUGCAGAUGAUGAAGUAGUUCGAGAUUUCUACUUGCUCCACGUGAGGAAGUGGAUAACCGUUGCUUUGGAGGAGAUCGAGAGCAUUGAUCAGGAAAUUGAGAUUCUGAAGAGAAUGGAUGUGCUGAAACGGAGUCCAGCAAAGCCUGCGCCAUCCCAGCAGAGGCCUCCGAUGAAACCCUUCAUUCUGACUAAAGAUGCUGUACAAGCCAGGGUCUUUGGUGCGGGAUACCCCAGCCUGCCCACUAUGACGGUGAACGACUGGUACGAGCAGCACCGGAAGCACGGGGUCCUUCCCGACCAAGGGAUUCCACGCAGUGCAGCUGAUAUUGACAACGAAGAGCGAGAAAAAGAGGAGAAAGAGCGGCAGAUCGAGAACGACGACGAAGAGGCCUUACAGAAGGCACGGGACUGGGACAACUGGAAGGACACACACCGAAGAGGCUACGGCAACCGGCAAAACAUGGGCUGAUGGAUCAGAAUUGAAAAACACCCCGGCCAACGUGCAACAAUGAGUGAUUUGUAUAAUCCGUUAAGUCCGAAAAUACAAAAAUGCAACCAAAGUAUCUGCCUGUGGUGAAAAGAUGACGACCCGACUGAGAGCAAGAGUUGCUCUUUCACUCUCGGAGUAGGAGAUUCCUGUGUGUCGGCUUAUGUGCUCUUUCUUUUGUUGAUGAGAUCUGUGAAAAUAGUGGAUCUUUUGGUUUGCAGCAACAAGCAGGUGUUUGAUUAGGGGUUUCCAUUUGCAUUUUCUGAAUGAUGCACAUCUUGCGGAAAUCUGGCGGGUGCUUUUUUGGUAUGUUUUCCUUCUGUGAAACUGUAGUUGAACCUCUUGUUGUUCUUGUGCCGUAGCACCAUCUUUGAAGUACAUCUGUCCUUUCGCUGACCACUGCAGUGCCACAGUUUGAUAUUGUCUGAUGGAAUAAUUUUUACUGGCACUUUCUAUAUUUAUGUAAUACAGUCAAUAAACCGUUUUUGUUGCCAGAAUAUGUAAUAAUGGAAAAUAAAGGUAAGGAUUUAUAUGGUCAUAGCAUUUUAUUAGAUUGGCAGUAAAGCAUUUUCAAGUAUAUAUUAAUGUCCUAAAGCUGCAUUAAGAGGUGUAAUUGUAAAUACUUCACAGUAGCUCUUUGUGAAGUAAAUUAUGAUUGAAUAAUGAAUUUUUUUUUUCUUUAUACACAAGUUACUCAGAGUGUACUAUUUGAGUGGGUUGGGCUUUUCUGCCUGAAUGGUGCCAUAUGUUUGUUUGAAGAGUCUGCAUUUCAAGUUAAGUAGUAGCGUUAGAAUGGCUCUUCCUGGCUAGAUUAGGACAUCAUGGGAUGUAUUUUUCUUUAUAAGUAGGUACAGCACACAAAUUGUAUGUUUGUGUGGUGGUUCAGAAGUCCCUCCCCAUAAAUGGUUUUGACAGCCUCAUAGUCCUCCUUAGGAUAGACCUAGCGGUCUUAAGAGCAGAGGAAUUUGUUACAAUACGGUAAAAUUAUGAUUGUCCAAUUAUGUGAGCUGAUGCCUUGGUCAAGAUAUGUACAGUUGGUAUCCAAGAAAACAUGAAGUUGAAUCACCUUCACCUAUUUACUGUAUGUAAUAUAAUUCACUGUAUAAAUGUAUUCUGCUGAAUUGCAUUUGAAUUUCCUUCUAAUAAAAGUUAGUGAUACAGUA